CAGUUACAGAAGGGAGAAAGUAGGUCACAGACUGCUGCUGUUUAUCACCGUCCAUGUUACCCUGUAUUUAAAUGUGCUUAUUUAACUUUCAUCACAUUUAUAAAUAACUAGAGAAUAUAUGCCAAAAUGUAGCAGCACAGUGAUAAUGCUCAUUUUCCGUUGCUGCAGUAAAUCUGAUUGAAUCUCAGGGACUGUUAAUCUGGACAGGUUGGCAUGAGGAUGGCUGCAGUUAUAAUAGUAGAUUGCAAUUCAAUUGUUACAGCAAAUUCAAGCAGUGAAAAUCCCUCCUCCCUCUCCUAAUCCAGCAAUAUGCUUAUUAAACUUCAACUGCUCAAGAACAGUCAGGCUGCAAGGGGACUGUUGAUGGACUGCAGCCUUCAGACAGAAUGAAGUGAGAUGCUUUGAGAACAGGCUUGAAUGAACAUUGUGAUCUAAUGGCAGACCAAAGAAUGGACAUUUCUUCAACCAUGAGUGAGUUCAUGUCCCCGGGACCCACUGACCUCAUCAGCAGCUCUCUCAGCGCCCCCGGCAUGGACUUCACACGCAAGAGGAAGGGCAGUUCCACAGACUACCAAAUUGAUGGCUUUUCUUUUGAAUCAUAUGCCACAGAUUUCAGACAGCAUGAUUACCAAGCACUGUGGCUUCAGGGUCACAUUUCCAGGUUAAGUUCCCCUUCAUUAGCGAAAUCAUGCUUUUUUAUGGAUGCUGAAAGAAAAACAGAUUAUGAGAAGAACAGGGAUAGUAUGGACACAGACAAGGACAAACAACUAGGAAGGGACUGUACAGAUCAGCAAGGUCGAAUCAAGAAUGCCAGGGAAGCUCACAGUCAAAUUGAAAAGAGGCGCCGAGAUAAAAUGAACAGUUUUAUUGACGAAUUAGCCUCCUUAGUGCCUACUUGCAACGCCAUGUCCAGAAAACUGGACAAACUUACGGUGCUACGAAUGGCUGUACAACAUAUGAAGACACUAAGAGGUGCUGCAAAUCCAUACACAGAAGCCAACUACAAACCCGCGUUCCUAUCGGACGAUGAGCUCAAACACCUAAUACUGAGGGCUGCUGAUGGCUUUCUGUUUGUUGUGGGCUGUGAUCGCGGCAAGAUACUGUUUGUAUCGGAGUCGGUCUAUAAAAUUCUAAACUACAGCCAGAAUGACCUUAUAGGUCAGAGUUUGUUCGAUUACCUGCAUCCUAAAGACAUUGCCAAAGUAAAGGAGCAGCUGUCCUCAUCAGACACAGCACCACGGGAAAGACUCAUAGAUGCCAAAACUGGCCUUCCGGUGAAGACGGACAUUACACCCGGCCCGUCUAGACUGUGUGCUGGUGCAAGACGCUCCUUCUUCUGCAGGAUGAAAUGCAACAGGCCUUCGGUCAAAGUAGAAGAUAAGGAAUUCCCCUCCACGUGUUCAAAAAAGAAAGCAGACCGCAAAAGCUUUUGCACAAUCCACAGCACUGGCUACUUGAAAAGCUGGCCGCCUACAAAAAUGGGUUUGGAUGAAGACAACGAACCAGACAACGAGGGAUGCAAUCUCAGCUGCCUUGUAGCAAUCGGACGCCUGCACCCCCACAUAGUACCCCAGCCGAUGAAUGGAGACAUUCGGGUAAAGCCCACAGAAUACGUCUCUCGACACGCGAUAGACGGGAAGUUUGUAUUCGUAGAUCAGAGGGCAACAGCAAUUCUUGCCUAUUUACCCCAGGAGCUACUGGGCACAUCGUUUUAUGAAUAUUUCCACCAAGAUGACAUUGGUCACCUGGCAGAGUGCCAUCGACAAGUGCUGCAGACGAGAGAAAAAAUAACGACGAAUUGUUACAAAUUCAAAAUUAAAGACGGCUCUUUCAUUACUCUGAGAAGCCGCUGGUUCAGUUUCAUGAAUCCCUGGACCAAAGAAGUUGAAUAUAUUGUUUCUACAAACACAGUUGUUUCUGGCAGCACGCUUGAUGCAACAGACCCAAGCUUUCCACAGCUCUCUGCUUCCCCCCACAGUAUGGACAGUGUACUACAAGCAGGAGAAGGCGCAGGGAAGCGAGCUCUGCAGACGGUCCCAGGAAUCCCGGGCGGCACACGAGCCGGAGCCGGGAAGAUCGGCCGUAUGAUCGCCGAGGAAGUGAUGGAGAUACAGCGGAUUAGAGGGUCAUCGCCUUCCAGCUGCGGAUCCAGCCCGCUUAACAUCACCAGCACCCCCCCUCCGGACACCUCCUCCCCAGGGGGCAAGAAGAUACACAACGGAGGAACCCCAGACAUUCCCUCGGCAGGAUUAGUGCCUGGACAAGGCCCAGACUCAAUAGGUUACCCCUACUCAGACAACUCCUUACUUAGUGAUAACUCUCACAUUGGUAUAGACAUGAUAGACAAUGACCAAGGCUCCAGCAGCCCCAGCAACGAUGAGGCAGCUAUGGCCGUCAUCAUGAGUCUUUUGGAAGCCGACGCUGGACUGGGCGGUCCGGUGGAUUUCAGCGACUUACCUUGGCCCUUGUGAGAGCCCCCGUGGAAAAGUGGAGUGGGGUCCGGGGGGGUAUUUCAGUGACAACGGUGACAAUUUCACAUCUGCUGUCUGUGACGACUGCCAGGAAGCCAUAUCAGAAAGGCCUAGACGAACCCUGCGUGGAUAUAAGUGACAUGCAACAGCGUAAAACCUCAUUCAGGAUGCUGGGAUCAAGCUCACAACCCUUCUGCAGUCUUGAUCAGCCAGAUGUUAAUUGCUUCUAUUACCCACAGCAGGCAUUACAGUUCUCAAGGUUUUAUAUGUUUCAUCAUACACUGGUAUCAUCCCAAGCUUUUCUUUGAAUGCCAUUUAUGUUUUAGUGGUUGGUGUUUUUACACUACAAGGAUUUACAUGUUAAAUAUUUCUUAUAAAAAAAGUUGUAUCAUAAAUCUGUUUAUUCUAUCAUGUAAGAAUUCUUUGCUAUAAAUAUGGUAAAAGUGUAUUGUAUUAGCAGUGAAAUAUUUUUAAAAUAAAAGUCUUGUUUCUCUUG